AUGGCCCAUUCGCCAGUCAGACUACAUGCUAUCGCAACAAUUACUCGCACAACUAGUGAACAGGACCAUGGCCCCGCCGAAGAGGAGUCGAAUGCCCUUGGCAAUGAAGGCUUGGACCUCUGCCUCCUAGGCCUUGCAGACUUGUCGGAGGAUCCAGUAGCCAAACAAUAUCAGAGAUUUCGGCCUCAUGACGGGGUGUCAAAGUUGACCACCACGGGGGUCCCUCCGUUCCGGGGUGUACCAACGGUCCGAUUAGCCAUGGCCAAAAAAAGAGGAGAGUGUUCAAAUCGUCAAACUGUGUCGAUUUUCUUGGGGGGCAAAGAUCAAGGGAAGGUGCUGGGGAAAGAGGCGUGA